AUGAAUCCCAGUUCGGUGGUAGCUGUCACCCCUUUCCGUUUCAUGGAUUUACCCCAAGAGAUCCGUGAUGACAUUUACGAAGCUGCCAUCUUCGCCUUCACCCCUCCUGGACUGUUGUUCAGUUCAGGCCGAGACCCAUCCGGAUGGCGAUACAUGAAUACCAACAUCCUGUUGACAAACAGGAAGGUAUACUGGGAGGCUCUAGAUGUGGUCGUGCGUCGGGCUCAGCUGGUCAUGGUAUCUGGAUCACCCGUGUACCACCAAUCUCACAUGUCUUGCGAAGUUUCUAUGCGCAUCUUGACGGACAAGUCUGGGAUCACCGUGAUCCAUCCCAAGUACCGCAAUUUCUGUAUCAUGCAUCAUCGCAUCAAUGCAGAACGAACAACCAGCAGACCUGAUGCAAACAAGAGCGUGAUCGAAUGGCAAUUCAUCCUUCACAAACGAGACGUCAAGCCCUUCUGCCACGCCCUAAUGGGAAAAUUCGACAUCGAAGCCGACCGCUACUUUGGGCCGAAAUCCAAGCAUACCCUCAUUCUUCAUUGGCCCCCAACUUAUGCACAACGUGAAUCCAUGAGCAUAUAUGAGACACAGUCACGGAUCCUUCAACAAUAUCGAACCAUACUCCAUGGUUUCAAGGACAUUUCGAUUCGUGGCGCAGGGACUGGUUGGGAAACUGGUCUAUACGCGGCCGUUCUGCAGGACAUCCGAUCCAAAAAGGACCCGCCCGAGUUCUUCGACGACAUCCGUGAUUUGGAGCAGGAGGGAUCCGAGAUCCUGCAGCAGACAGCAGGAGACCCCGAAGCUGCGAAUGUGGCGUGGACCAAGGCGCUCGGGAUAUGUGAGAUUGCGCGAAUGACUUUCUGCUUGUCAAACGAGUCGUUCCCCGCUGGCAUUUCCCGGAGAGUCCUGGAGUCAGAUGCUAUCCAGCUAUACACAGAGCGGUGGGCUCAACUAAGGCGUCAGGGGGGCGACGAAUGCGUGGUCCCCAUCAUCGAGCUCCAGUACAAGCUGAUCGCCAACCGUGUCUCUGGAAUCCUUCGGUUCAUCCAGAAAGGCGGCCAUCUUGCAAGGAGUCGUGGCUGGGCACCACCUUCGAUACGUGAAUACGCAAAUCUCGUAUUACACUGCUACACCGAUUCAGGCACGACUGGAAAGUGCUUUCAGAACGACGGCUGGUCGCCCCAGCCUUUUCAGGAGGCUCAAUUGUGCUGUACAGUGGCUACUAUCUUCCGGCUUCUAGAUGCCUCGAUAAUGGCUGAGACGGCUUUUGCAGCUAUUCGCCGAGCCUGUGAACUCGCGCCAGAUGACGAGCCAAUUCAGCAGGAGUGUUGUAGAAUCAGGAAGUGGAUAGAACGCCUUAUCGACGAUGGGAAACUGGAAUUUUACCCCGAGUUCUGGUUUUCUUGA